AUGAAGUACGUUCUGGUUUCUGGAGGUGUCAUCUCUGGUGUUGGAAAGGGCAUUAUCGCCUCCAGCACUGGUCUCCUUCUCAAGUCGAUGGGUCUCACCGUAUCGAGUAUCAAAAUUGACCCCUACAUCAACAUUGAUGCCGGGACAAUGUCGCCCAUCGAGCAUGGCGAGGUUUAUGUCACAGACGACGGCGGUGAGAUGGAUCUCGAUCUCGGUAACUACGAGCGCUACCUAUUGACCACCCUCACUCGCGACCACAACAUCACUACUGGAAAAAUUUACGAACACGUUAUUACUAAGGAGCGAAUUGGUCACUAUCUCGGAAAGACAGUUCAAGUUGUUCCUCAUGUCACCAAUGCCAUCCAGGAUUGGAUUGAGCGUGUCGCUAAGAUCCCUGUUGAUGAGUCUCGUGCGGAGCCCGAUGUUUGCAUCAUUGAGCUAGGUGGUACCGUGGGUGACAUUGAGAGUGCUCCUUUCAUUCAUGCCGUCAGUCAGCUUCAAAGACGUGCUGGUAAGGGCAACUUCGCCCAUAUCCAUGUGUCUUAUGUUCCAGUCCUCCCCCCUGGACCUGGAGGUGAACAGAAGACCAAGCCCACCCAGAGGGCCAUCAGUGAUGUUCGCAGCGCUGGCCUGAAUCCGGACCUGAUUGCUUGUCGUUGCGAGCUGCCCCUGGAGGACAGCACCAUUCAGAAGAUCGCCAAUAUGUGCUCCAUGGACACAAAGCAAGUUAUCGCCGUGCACAAUGUGACAACUACAUACCAUGUACCUAUGCUUUUGGAGAAACAGCAGCUCAGCAACAUUAUGAGCGAGCUUCUCAACCUUUCCUCUGUUCAUCGCCCAGUUGAGCGAGUUGAGCAGGGUAAGCUGAUGUGGAAAGAUUGGUGUGAACUUGCCCGGGGCCAGGACCACGUCCAUGACGUCGUGAAGAUCGCCUUGGUAGGCAAAUAUACUUCCCUCAAGGACGCUUAUAUCAGUGUUUCAAAGGCACUUGAACAUGCAGCCAUGUACACUCACAGAAAGGUUGAAGUUAUCUGGGUUGAUUCGUCUCACCUUGAGGAUGAAGCCCAGCUGAACUCUCCCACUGAGUUCCACAAGGCCUGGCACAAUGUCUGCAUUGCCGACGGCAUCCUUGUCCCCGGUGGAUUCGGAACUAGAGGCUGCGAGGGAAUGAUCAAGGCUAUUACUUGGGCCCGUACGAACAAGAAGCCUUUCCUCGGUGUUUGCUUGGGUAUGCAGCUAUCCGUCAUUGAAUAUGCGCGCAAUGUUGCUGGCAUUAAGGAUGCCGGUAGCGAGGAACUCCACCCAACGGCGGAAAACCACGUGAUUGUCUACAUGCCUGAGGUGAACAAGGACAAACUUGGUGGAACCAUGCGUCUCGGUAAGUACCCCUGUAUCUUCCAGGAAGGUACCGAGUCCUCGAAGCUGCGUGCCCUUUACGGCCCUUCGGUGUCUCAAAUUAGCGAGCGCCACCGUCACCGCUACGAGGUCAACCCAGAGCUGGUUGGAACUCUUGAGAAGGCCGGCUUGACCUUUGUCGCCAAAGACGAGAAGGGUGAGCGUAUGGAGGUUAUCGAGAUCCUAGACCACCCCUGGUUCGUGGGUGUGCAGCCCCACCCUGAAUAUCUCAGCCGUGUCCUGAGCCCCAGCAAGACAUUCCUUGGUUUCUUUGCUGCCGCCGCCGGCUGCCUAGAGGAAGUGACCAAGGCUGUGAAUAACGGCCAGCGCAGCAUUGGAAAAUCCGAGCAAUAG